AUGGAGUCAGAUGAGGCGGUCAACUUCGACGAGACUGAUCUUCAGGUGCGACUUGAUUUUGUCGAUCAAAUGCAAGUGGACUUUGAUAAAAGUCAAACCGCGGUCGAAAGGUUAGACUUGCAGGAGUUGUGCAGUGACGCUCGGUCAAAGUUCGCAAACACCUACCUCGUGGUAAAAUCGCAAAUUUCGCGUGAGCUUGGCAAGCAGCGUAGAUUUUCAGCCGUGAAUUCUACAGCCCUUCCACAUGUCGGUGGUGAUUCGAGACCCGCUGCGCGUGCCACAAGGCUCCCAGAGUUCAAGUUGCCAAGGUUCAGCGGUGCCUAUAUCGAUUGGCCUGAUUUCUACGCGAUGUACAACACCAUUGUGGGCAAUAAUGAUGACCUGAGCAACGUGGAAAAGUUCCAGCAUCUUCGGUCCUGCUUGGAUGGCACAGCGUUGGACACAAUUCGUUCACUGGAGCCCACGGAAGCUAACUAUGAGAAGGCUAUUGAAUUACUAGUUUCGAGAUUCGAUAAUAAGCUUUUGCAUUUUCAGGCACACAUACGGUCAAUCUGCGGGAUUUCAGGUGUGGAGCAAGGAUCGGCAGCAAGCUUACGACGCUUAAGCGACCAGAUGAAUUCGCAUCUGCGUGCGCUGAACACCAUGGCAACGACACAGGAGAUCAUGGACGGUCUUCUGAUCUAUCUGGUAGCUUCGAAGUUGGAUCGCCACACUCGAGAGAAAUGGGAAGAGGCUCUGCAGGCAAACAAGCUGCUGAAGUGGAAGGAUAUGGCUACAUUCCUGGAAAAGAGGUGCCGCAUGUUGGAGAAUCUUGAAAAUGCUAUGGUAAUCCAGACACCUAGCAAACAGCAUUCAGCACUUGCAGUGACCACUGAGCCCGUCAUCCAAUCGGAAACCGAUUCCUUGCCAGGCAUUGUCAAGCGGUUUUGGGAAAUCGACAGCUACUGUGGAUCUCCAAUUGUCGCAACUGAUGAAGAUGUAUUGUGCGAGCAGCUAUUCCAGAACACCUUUUCUCGACUCAGUUCAGGGCAAUACUCGGUUCGUUUGCCUGCCAAAGCCAGUUUCGACAUGCUCGGAGAUUCAUACGGUCGUGCCUUACGUCGAUUUAAGACGCUAGAGGGCAAAUUGCUCAAGGAUGUGGAAUUGAAGUCGCAAUACGCUGCAUUCAUCAAUGAAUACAUCGAUCUACAGCAUAUGUCGCUUGCUUCUGAGCAAUCAGUAGCCUCGCAAUAUUACUUGCCUCAUCAUUGCGUGCAGAAGCCAGAUAGUACAACCACAAAGCUGCGCGUUGUAUUCGAUGGCUCAGCUAAAACGACCUCGGGAUACUCGUUAAAUGAUUUGUUGUUUGCAGGUCCCUCAAUGCAGCCCAAGAUCUUUAACACACUGCUUCGUUUUCGCUUUUUCAAAGUUGCAUUAUGCGGGGACAUCUGCAAAAUGUAUCGAUGUGUCCGUGUCACUAGCCCUGAUAACUAUUUGCAGUCUAUCUUAUGGCGUGACAACCCAAAUCAACAAGUCAAGGCUUAUACGCUCGAUACGGUGACCUACGGCACUAAGCCGGCUGCAUUUCUGGCAAUUCGUGCUAUGCAGCAGCUAUCCUACGAUGAGGAAGCUGAGUUCCUGUUGGCAGCCAAAAUAAUUCGCAGAGAUUUUUAUGUGGACGAUCUCAUUUCUGGAGGUGGCUCGAUCGAGGAGGCAGCUCAAAUUCGUGAGCAGGUGAAGGAAUUGCUAUCCAAGGGUCAUUUUCCAAUUCGAAAAUGGUGUUCAAACGAGGCAGCAGCUUUAGAAGGCGAGCCAGAAAUUGAUCGCGAGAAAACGCUAAGGUUUCAUGAUGGAACUGAUGUCCUCAAAGCGCUCGGCUUAUAUUGGGAUGCAAAAUCGGAUCACUUGCUUUUCUCAUUGUCUGGAACUAUGACAGAAAGCGGUGCAACGAAAAGAUCGAUUUUAUCGGCCGUUGCCAAGUUCUACGACCCUCUCGGAUUGAUAGCACCGAUUGUUACGAAAUUGAAAAUAUUUCUGCAAAUUCUCUGGAAAGACAAACUGGAUUGGGACGAGUCGCUUCCGCAAUCUUUGCACUCCUCAUGGCUGGAGCACAUGAAGCAGAUGUCAGCGGUCAAUCAUUUAAAAUUUCCUCGUUUCGUCAUGCAGCCCAACUCGUCGUUGGAGAUACACGCCUUUUGUGACGCAAGCUUAGCAGCGAUUGCGCAGAUUCAGGAUCUCACCAAAGGCAUGACAUGGCGUCAUGUACCCACACACUGGAACCCUGCCGAUAUAUUAUCGCGUGGAUGUUCACCUCUCGAGCUCUUGGAGUCGAACCUAUGGCGAGAGGGACCUCCAUUUUUACGUUCGGAUUCAUCGUGCUGGCCAAAUAUAGCGCCUAUUGUGGACGACUUGCCUGAACGUCGACGCAUGGUUUUAGUCGUAGCCGAGAAACAGGAUAUCUCCUUCGAUUGCAAAUUUCAAAACUCAUUUGGAAAGCUGCAGCGAGGUUUUGGAUAUAUAUACCGGUUCUGGCUUCUCAAGUUUCAAAAUCAAACGCGUCGCAAAGGACCACUCACAGUCGAUGACGUCAAAGGUGGCACACAUCUACUCAUCAAAGGAAUCCAGCGUGUUUCCUUCGCAGAGGACUACAAAGCAUUGCGAAAGAACAAGCAGGUUGCAUCAAAUAGCAAGCUCUCGUCGUUGCAUCCUAUUCUGGAUGACUCAGGACUAAUUCGUGUUGGCGGUCGCUUGCAAAACUCGCUUCUGGACUACGAUGCGAGACAUCCCAUUUUGCUGCCAAAGGAUCAUCCUGUCACUCAAGCAAUCGUCGCUCAUUUCCAUCACAAGUUUUUGCACGCAGGACCGCAAAGUUUACUAGCUGCCUUGCGCCAGAGGUUUUGGCCAAUUGGAGGCAGAAAAACAGUCGCAGCUAUCGUAAACAAAUGUAUCAGGUGUUUCAGACUGAAGCCGAGAAUGAUGGAGCACAUCAUGGCACCCUUGCCGGCCAGCCGAGUGCAACCAAGUCGUCCUUUUACAACGACUGGAAUCGACUUUUGUGGCCCAUUCUUCUCGAAAUCGGAAGUCAGGAAUCGACCGCCUGCGAAGUGUUACGUGGCAGUUUUUAUUUGCUUCGCAACUAAAGCCUCUCACUUGGAGUUAGUAGAGGAUUUAUCAACCGCAUCGUUCCUCGCCGCUCUCAAGCGUUUCACCAGCAUCAGAGGCAAGCCCAACACGAUCUGGUCGGACAACGCAACAAACUUCGUUGGUGCGAAAAACGAGUUGCAGGAGCUCAGGGAAAUCUUCCUGGCUGAUCCUCCAAAUAUCGAGCUUCGCAAUGACCUGUUGUCUAAUGGCAUUAACUGGCAGUUCAUACCCCCCGCUCGCCUCAUUUUGGUGGCUUUUUCUGCCAUGCUUAAUUCUCGACCACUCUGCCCCAUUUCAGAAAAUCCUAGCGACUUGGAGGUGCUCACGCCUGGACACUUUCUUAUUGGCACUGCUUUCAACGCCAUAGACGAACCCGACAUCACCCAUCUCAACAUCAAUCGGCUAAUUCGCUGGCAGCGAGUUUGCCAGAUGCAGCAGGUGAUUUGGCGCAAGUGGAGCACUGCCUACCUAUCGCUACUCCAGGAACGUGGGAAAUGGCGGUCAGAAAAGGCAAAUUUGUCGCCCGGCAGCAUAGUCAUCAUAAAGGACGACAAUCUUCCUUCGCUCCAAUGGCGCAUGGGCAGAGUCGAGAGCAUCGUUCUUGGACCAGAUGGCGUGGCCCGUGUUGCAGUUAUUCGAACAGCUGCAGGCAUCAUCCGAAGAGCUGUUGGCAAGUUGGCCGUUCUGCCCUUUGAGACCACCUCGUCUGUCAGCGUGACUCUUCCAGCGGGGGGAGCAUGUUCGGAGCAGAACCCCUAA